AUGGCUGACUUGGAAAAGCGUGGGUUCCUUUGGUGCCAAGGUCCUAUGCAAACAGGUAAGGCUAAGGUUUCUUGGAAAGCAUUAUGUGUGCCAAAAUAUGAAGGAGGAUUAGGAUUGAGAAAAGAUCAUAAAAAAGAUACAUUGGUCUGGAAGAUUGCACAUGAAGAUAAGCCUUUUUCUUCUUCCAUGGUUUGGGACACAAUUAGGAGUCGAGAACAACCUGUUGAUUGGGUGAAGGCUGUAUGGAAGUUACUCACUCAAGACCGAAUCCUACAGUGGCCACAAUCUAGAAGGAAGAAUAUGAAUAUGAUGUGUUGCUCACUUUGCAAGGCUGAUUUUGAUUCGGGCUCAAAUCUGUUUUUCGAUUGCUCAUACUCUUCACAGGUUUGGGAUGUUGUUAAAAGUGAUGUUAACAUGUCGUCUACCUCAGGUUCUUGGAAUAAUAUCACAGCUUGGUUGAUUGCACAUGCUAAAUCACGCUCUAUAAUUCAUAUUAUUGGUAGACUAGUUGUUGCAGCCACUACUUACUUUAUUUGGCAGGAGAUAAACAACAGGAUGUUUGCUAAUCAUGCUAGCCCACCUGAUAUCUUAUCUAAUCUUAUCAAAGAUAUUGUUCGUUCAAGAUUAUGGAGAUUGAAGUUUAAAAAGACAGCUCGAGUUGUCACCACACUUGAUGCUUGGAAGGUUGGGGGUGACUACCUGCUUCAGCAUGACGAAUUAACCUAG